UAAAAUCAGUUUUAUACAAAAAACAGUUAUUUUUAACUUAUUUUCUCUAUUAUUACACAUACAUAUAUUUUGUAAAACAAUUUAAAAUUUGAAACUUGCAAUGGAUCCCAUUAAAGACGAUGAUGAGUAUCGCAAGCAAAUAAGAAGCCACUUUAUGGACAAUAUUACGAAAGGGAAAUUCCAGCAAAUUCCAUCGCAACAGCAUUACCCGCCGGAAAACACGUUUCAAUCAAAUAAAAUGCCCGACUUUGAACUCUAUAAGCAACAAUAUAAGCGUGCCAACCGUUCUAGUGGUGGCGAUGCAGAUCGAAUGCUCUAUGAUCCACAUUUCGCUGGGCAUGGCAGUCAAGCUGAAAGUUAUCGCGGCAGCUGCUACAAUGAGAACGUCAACUUUAAUCGCCAUUAUCCGACCAAACCAAAACCACCUCUUGCGAUACCAUUAUCAAGUCAUACGAAUCAACACAAAUACCAUCCAAAUGAUGCUAAUGCAUAUCUAUAUGAAACCGAUUCGAAUAUUGGUGGAGUUGGCCCGGGUUCUGAGGAAAGCAAUAAAUCUCAAAAAUCAUCGAAAACCGUAGUGAGUAAAAAGAGUUCACAAGAUUUGCGAAAGAUGGUCAAGUCACAGUGCAAGUUGCAUGAAGUUAUUGAUGAAACUUUAAAGCAGAUGUGCAGCACUGAGCCCGAUCCUUUGUCUGAGGGAGAUUCCCGUGUAAAAGAACAAACUGGGCAGAUGGGUCUACAGAAGACACCGGGGUCAUGUAAACGUUGUACUGAUAAGGUAUUUGCACGAUCCAGUCAGAAGGAUGUGAUGACUGAAAUUUCCAAAGGCGAUUUCCUUGAAUGCCGCUCAGGCGACACACUAACCAUAUCGGUAGAUGAUGUUGUAAAUUCUAAAGUAAUUAAUCCGAUGAUUAGAAAAUUGCAACGAAUGUAUCUUAAUAACCUGCGUGAAGAAAUGUCACUCAUGGAAGAUUUGGAACGGUUGCCGCAUAAAGUAAACGAGGUAUAUAAAGCAACCAUAUUCAAGCAGAAAGAGUAAUAAGCGACAAUGAGUAAUUGUUUUUUUGGCGAGAGUUGCUCGAGAGCAUGAAUACUGCAACACUUUUAUUUUUUUAUAAAUCCAAUUUUGCAAAUAAAGAAUUUACGAUUAUUGUAUUAAAAAUUUUCCCCUUAAA